AUGGAGUCUUUGAACUCACUGAAGUACAAAUUUCAGUUGAUUUUAAGUCCCUUUCAAAGAUGUGAGCUGCUGCCCAAGCCUGCCACGUCUCGUAGCUGUGUGCAGGACUGUCCAGUACAAUGUGAGGUCUCUCCUUGGUCGGAGUGGUCACCCUGUCCACCCCAGAACUGCCAACCUAAUGGUACGAGAGCAGGACCGACCCAACAGUCGCGCUAUCGAGUGGUGGUGGAAGGCUCGGACUGUGGACCUCUGGAGGAGACCAGGGAGUGUUUCACCCCCAGUGAGCCAUGCCCUAGACACCAGUGGGGCACAGGAGAGUGGAGCCAGUGUCAGGUGGCUCAUGAUGUCCGCUGUGGCCAUGGGCUGAGGACUAGGGACUUGUGGUGCAAUGAGGAAGGUACAGAUCGCAAGGUGGAGCUCCGCUUCUGUCUUGCCACUCGGGCGCCGCUGCCUGUCACUGUGCAGCGUUGCCACAUGGACUGUCACGUACCAUGUCAGCUGACUGAGUGGUCCUCGUGGAGCCUGUGUCAGCAGCCUUGCUCCGGAAAACGCUCCCGGACCAGACAACUUAUCGGUCUGUCAGAAGCACAUGCUGUCUGUCAAGAGAUGCCUCUGGUGGAGACAAAACCUUGUCCUUGUGAGAUGUACUACUCUCGUCCCAUCUCUAAUUGGUCAAGUUGUCUGACCAAUGGCAGUGAGGGGUGUGGCCUCGGCACACGGUACCGAGCUGUCGGCUGCUACAAUGACAAGGAUCAGAUGGUGGACCCAAGCAUGUGUGGAGGAGGCUCUGGACUACAAGAGGAGCCCUGCCUGGUGCCUUGUCCUUUAGACUGCCAGUUGACUGAGUGGUCGGCCUGGGGAGACUGCAACGUCAGGUGUGGCCCCGGGCUGCAGAACCGCACAAGACAGGUGGCACAACCUGGUAAUGCAGGGGGUAGACAGUGUGGACCACAGACCCAGUGGAAGCUGUGCCAGGUGCCGUGUGAAGUGUUCCAGUGGCAGGUGGGAGGAUGGAGUGAGUGUAUCCUGAUACCAGCCGACCGCAAGCAAGGAUGUGGCACAGGAGACCAGUACCGUCAAGUCAGGUGUAUUGACACUCGGACAGACACACCUGUGGAUGACGAGUACUGUGAUUGGACAACACAGCCAGUGGACAUCAACGCUUGCCAUGUAGCCUGUCCAGGCGACUGUGUUCUCAGCGCUUGGUCGGAGUGGAGCUCAUGUCCUAAGGGUUGUGUGGGUAACGGACAGCAGCAACGGACACGCUCCCUGCUACGUGCUGCCGCCACCAGGGGAGCUACCUGUCAGCAUACAAUACAGACUCAGGCUUGCCAACUGAACAUCACCUGUUUCACCUACCAUUGGGUGGUGACCAACUUCAGCUCCUGUCUACCCCUGGGUGGCAGCCCCUGUGGUGAGGGGAUGACAACCAGAGCCAUCUACUGUCAGAGGAGUGACUCUAGGCCUGUGGAGGACAGCUGGUGCAGUGAGGAGACCAAGCCGACCCCGGCAGAGAAGUGGUGUUACGUAGACUGUCCAGUGGACUGCCACGUGGCGGAGUGGAGUGAGUGGAAUGCCACCCAGUGUCAAUGCGGAGAGACAGGUGUGAGUCGUCAUGCUUUCAUCUCCACCAACCCUUCGUCGUCUGGUCGCCCUUGUCCGUCACCCUUGGUACAGUGGAAGCCUUGCCCAGCCGUACCUUGCUACUCUUGGCAAACUGGACCCUGGUCUGAGUGUCAACUUCAUGGAGCAAUGUGCGGCCAUGGUGUGAGAAACCGUAAUGUGACAUGUGUCCGAGGAGGUGACAACAGCUCUGUGGAGGCAUGGCACUGUGCUGGCUCGGCCAAUCACAAGCCAGUGUCGUGGGAGACGUGUCACAUCCCGUGUGACAGUGAUUGUCAACUCAGCGAAUGGUCACAUUGGUCACACUGUCAUGGCGACUGCCUCAAGGAUACGACAGGCUAUGCUACCAGAUCCAGAGCAGUUCUGAGGCCACCGCAGUCCAACGGAGGGGAGCCUUGUCCCGAGGCAUUGUGGGAAACUCGAACCUGCGACCUCGGACCUUGCCUCACAUUCUCAUGGACAAUUGCUCCUAACGGACAAAUAGUCUGCCAACGCUCCGAUGGACUACAUGUCGUUGGUGGAUGUGACGGCAAGAAGAAGCCGACAUUGUGUGAAUGGAAGGGAGGCCGUUGCAACUGUAUAGACGGAGCCGUUGUCCAACCUCAGUUUGCUUGUCUAGAGCAAGCUCAAGUGCAAGCUCGCCUGUAUUACCCGAAAGACGACGACCUGAACGUGUGGAUGUUUGCAAUGAUCGGGAUUGGUUGCGUGUUCAUCGUGUUUGUGGCAGCCUCCAUCUUCUUGCUCUGGUCAGUAUACUCUAGCGCUCACCCCUGCAAAGACAACGCUGAUGAGUGCCAUCUGCUUGGCAUCAACGAUGGCAAAAACAACCUUAACGAUGACGAUGACAGUUAAGCUGCCCGUCCCGCGGUAGAUGGGGCAGAGUUCGCAUCCAAGAUGGGUUUCGUUUGAAUUUCGGAAGAAGAAAUAUCUACAAUGUCACCGUCAAGUCGAUGUAUUGGUGUUAUCUAGUCUUUAUUUGUUCCUCAUGCUAGCCCUUAAUUAGGUUCGAAAGUCAAAUAAGUGUCACCAUCUUGGCUAGACCUGACCCACUCUACAAGCACUGGGUUUUUGUGCAAAUUUUUUAUACAUAUCUCUUUUUACGGUCUUGGUAAACUUCGUGGCUGCAGGAGAGAAGGGCCCGGUUUUAUUCUAGAUCAAUGUAAAUUUUCUAUUUUUGCUUCGUAUUGUAUAUAAAAAGCGAGGUAGACACUAGUAACUUUGAAAAGUUUUUGAGCGAGCUGAACUGGUUUUAAAGCGUACUGCUGAUAAUUUUUGAAGGCUUUUUCGUAUUUUUGUUGUUUAAUUUGAAUAAGAAAUUACAGAAUAUGUGUAGCAUAAGUUGUGGAUUUGUUUGGUCGAAGAUGUGUUCAUUUCACUUUAUGUUGGCUGUGGCAAACUGUUUCACUCAUCAUGUGCAAUUCACAAAACUCACUUUCCAUCGCUUGUGCUGCCGAUUACAUCACCAUGUGAACUAAUAAAAGCCGUUUAAUAUUUUCAGUAAUACGGGGAAGCAGUCUAACGUUCGAACAAAGUAAUGGUAGACGAGGGUCGCCUAGAGCAAGACGACAUCGUCUUAGUCCUGACUAAAAGCUAAAUUACUUGAAAUGUUAACAAUUUUAAGUCAUUUUUUGUCAGUACGUACAAACUAGGUUCUAACAAAUUUUAGGAGAUCAAAUUUUAACUAAACAAUAUGCAAUAUUCAUAGAAAUACAUUAACUUGAUGUUAUACUUAUGUACUCGAAACUGUUGUUCGAGAUUUUUUAUUUUCCAAAGUUAACCCUUUUACAAGUGAAAUCCUUUUCACAAUCAGUUUUACACUUGAAACUAAUUGUUGAAAAUAGUACAAACUAGAGUGCUUAUGACAUUUUUGGAAUGUCAAAUAAUCAUGUUGUUUGUGAUGGUUGAAAACAAAGUAUUUUUCAGUAGUAUCAGCUUUAAAAGCAACAAUCCUAGCAGUAUUAUAUUUUGCUCAAAGCUGAUUAAGUUUUUUUGUAAUCAAAUUAAUGAUUCUGUAAAAGAAACCCAAUUGGAAUAUGUGAAAGGGAAUUCAUUGAGCUAAUUAAGAUAUUAUGUUGGAGUUGGAAAAGCCUUCAAAUGUUAUUGUAGAAAACAAAUUGUUAAGUUACAGAAGAGACAUACUUAUUAAGUCGUUGGAAGACAAUUCCAGGAUAAGGAACAGUAGCGAUACAUGGAUAUCAAAUUUCACAAUUCUACAGUAUUUGUCCAGUUGAGUUCUUUGAUUAUAUUUCCCUACUCUGAACAAGUCUGAAGUCAAUGUACUGUUGACCACUAACAAAUGAUUGCAGCAAAUUGAAUCCGAGCCAUUUCCGACAUUUUAGCGUUCCUUGUACGUUAGGAAAUCGUUUACGGUCAGUGUAGUUCAGUUUGUAAAUCAAUCCGAGCACAGUUAUCAGAUAGUUUUGCAGCACUUGACCUAGCUUGGCAAGGUUGUAGAAAGAUUGACUAUAUUAUGUAGCUUCUACCAUCAUAUCAAGACACCAAUUAUGUAAAAAACUGUUGCCAAUAGAGGAGUAUUUCGAGAAUAAAAAUAGGUUGUUUUAGUUUUUGAUUAAAGUAUUGAUAGAUUACAAUGUUAUCAAGUUAUUAUUUUAUUCCAAGGCUGAGAAUUAUAAUGCUGUCACUGUGGGUUUUCCAUCUCCUGGAACCUAACAGCUACCAAAGACUAAAUAGAAUUAAGAAACUUAAAAACUUGUUCCUCGAAGAACUCAGUUUUGUUGUCUGACAGCUGGAGUGUAAUAACAGUUUUUUUUUCUUUUAUUUAAAUUUAAUUUUGUGGUUGACUAUUAUCAGAAUGUUUGUUGUUGUUGAACAAAACUACCUAGUUUUUCUAGUUGAACAUAGACCUUCUAAAGCAAGAGGAAUGAACAUGAAAUGAAAUGAAAUGAAAAACGUUUAUUUAUCCCAAGAAUAUAAACUAAAACAGAGAGUAGCUAUACAACUUAACAGUACAAUAUUUCUAAAAUAAAAUAAAAUUUGCCUAACUUAUGGGAUAGGCCUACAUGGGGCAGGUGCCUGUGCGUAGGCCUGGAAGCAAAUUGAGGGCACACACUAAAAUUGGGAAGGUUUUUAAGCCUUGUUAAUUUAACUUGAUCGUUUAGCGGAUAAGAGAAUGUCGGCGACGACAACCAAAGCCAGUGCAAUCUAAGACAGGAGACAUUGUGAGGGCGAGGGGGUCGAAGGGUCAAGGAUUGUUUAGUCAGGGUCAAGUAAGGUUAGGUCUGAUCAAAGUUUCGGCCUCUUCAUUGGUAAUCGUCUGCAGUAAAACAAGCAUCUGUUUUUUGAAUUUCUGUAAUGAGGGUAAACUAAAAAUGUGUUGAAUAUUAUAUUUUUGAAUUAGAUUUCGAUAUAGAAUCUGAGCAACAUAAAAACAGUUAGUAGUUAGAACUGACUUAUGUAGCUGAGGGACAGAUAUUCCAACAUUGUGUGAAUAUCUUGUGUAGUGUUGAUGUGUGACUGCUAUAAGGAUCGUGUUUGAGUUUUUGAAUGUGCGACUAAGAAGAAACCGAAUGAAAAUAUGUCUGACUGGUAAUACUCCCGUCUCACGGAAUAGCGCAUCAGUGGAGUACCUUUUAUUUUUUCUAAAAGCUACUUUCAAAAUUGAUCUUUGGACCACAUUCAAGGGUUCCAAGGUGGUGUGAUAGCAUGCUCCCCAGCAGAUAAUACCAAAUGAAAUCAAGGAUUGUACAUAAGCGAAAUAGCGAAAUAAGCUCUCUUUACGUCCUCCUCGUCCAAAAUGACACUCAGUUGAUUAAAAGCAUAUAUGUAUUUACGAAUCCUUUUCUUUAAGAAAUCUACAUGCUCUGACCACCUCAUUCGGUAGUCAAAAUAAACACCUAAAUAUUUGUAAUAAUCUACUUUUUCAAUGUAUUCACAAUUACAAGAUAUACUGUUAUGGUCGCCACAACAAUGAAUCUUCAAAUUGUCUAGACUAUAAUCAGUGCUUGUACUGAGUGAUAUCGGAAGAAAUUUAGUCUUGUUCACAUUAAGUGAGAGCAUAUUUUGAUCUAGCCAUUUUUUUAGAAGUGAGAGGUCACGGAGAGCUUUAGACCUGACAUCCUCCCAAGAACGACCCUUUAACAAAACUAAUGUGUCGUCAGGAAAUAAAAAUAGUUCACCAUCCAGGUUCAGUUUUGAAAUGUUAUUUAUAUAGAUUAGAAAAAGUAUAGGCCCCAGAGUACUUCCCUGAAUGACCCCAUACUCAAUUGAAUUUGCAUCACUAUUCAUACCACAAAUGGAAACUACUUGAUGUCUGUCAGAUAAAUAGUUUUUGAACCAGGCGAGAGCAGUGCCUCUGACACCGAUCUGUUCCAAUUUUGUUAUCAACAAGUUUCUGUUAAUUGAGUCGAAUGCUUUUUUUAAAUCUAAGAAAAUUAACAUUGAACGAUUGUUAUUUGCCAUUGAGUUAUUUAUAGAUUUACAUACUUCAAAAAGUGCAUCAGAGAUGUUUUUAUCUUUUCUAAACCCAAAUUGUGAAUUAGAUAAUAUAUUGUUAUUAUGAAGGUACUCCACCAACUGCUCCUUGACAAUACGCUCUAAAACCUUGGAAAACACGCUUAACAAUGAGAUUGGUCUAAAGUUGUUACAGUCUUUUGGAUAACCUGUUUUAAAUAAAGGAAUUGCCUUUGCAGUUUUGAAUUGAGCCGGGAAUAUACCAGUCAGUAGAGAUAGAUUAAUUAUGUGUAGCAGCGGAAUGUAAAUUAUGAGUGCGUUUUGUUUAAGUAAAUCAGCCGAAACUUCGUCCAGACCCGGAGCUGAGCCACCGCGCAGCUCGGAGAUGUGUUGUAGUACGUCUUCAGAAACAGUUUGCAAUGUGAAAGUAGAGUCCAGUCUGUAGUCAGAGUCAACAACCACUGGGGUCCCACCCGCAUCUAUCUGCUUCGAUAGAUUUACUCCAACAGAAGCAAAGAAGUUAUUAAAAUCAUCUGCUAUCUCGUGUUUUGCGGCUUGAGUAUCAUGGGACAUGCUGGGAAUAAAUUUAUCAAUUGGAAAUGAAUUUUUAUUACGUGGCCUGCCAGCAAGAUCAUUGAUCAGUCCCCAAAACAAUUUUGGAUUCCUAUUGUUCUGGUACAAUCUUUCCCUGUAAAAAUCUCGUUUGGCUCUUUUUAAUAGAUUGCAUAGGUCAUACAUACCUGAAUGUUCACUAAUUUUCAAUCUUAUAAAAUGUAUACCGGUAAUCACUUUUAGUGUUAUAACCAAAGAGUGAAAGAUAUACCUUAAAAUGAGAAAGAAAUAUUUUAGUUGACAUCAGUGAAUCCAAAACGCAACUUAUAUGAAUUACACAUUAAAAUUUCAGGACAGAAUGAGAAGUUCAAAGUAUAUCAUUUGAACUAACCUUGCUUAGAUCUUUAUUCAGGUUCUACAACUGUUUUGUAAAUGGUGUAUCCGUUGAUAUGAAUAAAUAAAUAAAUAAGAUUUAUAAAAGUUACAAUAUAAGUAGACUCAACUAAUGAAAUACGGUAAUAGUCUAUUGGCAAAAGUUCCUUGAAUAACAUGAAGGAUUCUGCAUAUCCACAUUUAAUGUGUCUAUGUGAGGAUUUACUUUUCACAGAUCAUUCCAGUGUUGUUUUAAUGUUGUAUAAAAUGUCAUAGUUCUCUUACCUAGCAAUUAUUUCUAUAUCGCAAAAUCAGUUUUCUUCUACUGUAGUCUAUUUAAACCCUCGUGUGUGUAAUUAGACAUCUAUGUUUUAUACACUAGAUAUUUUAUAUCACAUAGAUGUUUUUGUACUGAAAGGUUUUAAGAGACGUCUACUAUAAGUUAUAGAUUGAUCGACAACAAACAGACAUUUGUAGCAGAUUUUUUUUUUUGAAUUUUUAAGAAGUACCUGAUUGAUGAGUAAACUGUUUUAUGCAGAAGUUUGCACAAUUUUAUCGUUUAUCACAAUGUCAACUAUCAGGCUCUGUUAUCAUGGGAUAUUCUUUUAAAAAUUGAACAGAAAAUUGUUUUUUGUUGUCAAACGUAAAUGUUUAAGAAGAGUGGGUAAGUAACAUCAGUCCCUAGCCCAACAAAAUUACAAGUUUAAUUUUGAAUAUUUAAUCAAUUCUGAUACUUUCUCCAGAAUGGAUACUAAAAACGUUGACUCAAUAAUUAAAAGUUAAAGUUUAAAAGACGGUACUUUGUUUUGAGCAAGAUACAAAGAGAAGUUAAAACCAAUUUAAGGACCAACCAAUGUCUUAUAAAGACGUAAUUUGUUACUUAAAUUAAAUAUUAAUAUCUGAAAUAAUGUGUACAUACUUUUAAGUAGCUUUUAUUAAAGCUUAUGCUGGAACUAGUACGUAAGGAAUGUUUUUGUUCAAUGAAAAUUGUCAGUUAAGAAUACUGAAGAUGGUUAUGUAGGUACUCUAAGCAUGGCCAAAAAAUAUUUUAACCUGUACCUAUCUAUUUAGUAUUUUAGCAACUUAAAGGAUGCAGUUGUUUUCAAAAAUAGCUAAAUAAUUAGCUCAUAACUAUACUGCUCGUAUAUUGACUUCUAAAAAUCUAAACUCAAGUGUGAAUAUUAUCUGUUUGUUGUUGAUGCUUGAUAAUUGAGAACCACACCUGUAAAACCCACAAGACAAACAUGUUAGCUGUAACAGGUUAUUUAAGCUUUUCCUCGUCUAUCCUUUGAGGGGAUUCUGAGUCUGAUUUCUGCGGUUGUGAUACGUUUUUGCUUCUUCUUUUAGUGUAAGAACAUCGAAUGUUACCACGGACAAUAUAAUUGUGGCAAGUGUUUGUUUCUGUUUUCCGUUAACAAUAUAGUGAGUGUUUAUUGUUAUGUUUGUUACUUGUUAGAUGUUUUAUGUAUCAUUUGGCUUAUCACAGAAAAAAAUGUUCAAGUAACAAUGGUAAAGCUUUUAUUAGAUGCUUACACAUUUUGUUGGAUGUAUAAUUUUUACCUAUGUGGUAUGGUCAAGUAUAUUCUAAUUUAGAUUUACAAAUACCCUUGGCGGUCUCAAACUAUGUUUUCAAACAUCUUCAAAGUCCAAGAAAAACAUUUUAUCAUCAAAAAGCUUUAUUGACAAUUUCAACAAUCAACUAAAUAGAUUCAAGACUCUGACAUGUACAACAGCAAAUUAAAUAUUGAUCUUAUAGAGUUCUAUCAACAGAAAUUUACAUUACCACAUUCAAGAGCAGAAAACAACAUUUACAUUCUGUUGUAAUAUUUUCAAAAUACAUUGACUACGUAUGUUGACUAUUGUUACUUGAAAAUACCGUAGGAUCAUACCACUUUACUCAUUACUUGUCCACAAGCCUGUAAACCCAAGGUUGUCUCUCGUUCAUCUUGCGAGGUGCUCUGAUAAGGUUGUGUAUCGUAGACUAGUUGUUGGACCUAUUCUAGAUUUUAUAUUGAUAUUACAUGUAAAUAGUUUGAUAUUUGUUCGGUCGGCUUUCGUUCCUGACGCACAUGUUAAUCUAUUUUGACUAGCACUGUGGCAUUCCCUACAGUUUCUUUAGGUUUUUGCUGGAUCUAAAUGUGUACAUCGAACUUGUAUUGUCUACCUAAGGUUCAGUAAUACUUGGAAUAAUUCCUACGUCUAGUUUUAGUUGAUGGUUCGAAAGGGGGAAAACAAAAUUUUUCAUCAGUCGGGGGAAAAUUAAUAAAAAGUAAUUUAUAAAAAAGUUCAUUGUAUCUAUGUAUAUUUAAAAUAAUCUAUACAAAAUCCAUGACAGUUAAAACUGGAGAUUGGGUUUCUGUAGUUAUACACAAACUGGAUUCGUACAUCUACAUAUCUGGCCUAUAUAUUUUGAGUAGACACUAGACAAUAUUGUAUGUGUAUAAGCUUGUAUAUAAAUGUUGUAUACAAUAAGCUAUAUUAUAAAAUAGUGGGAAACUGUCCAUUUACCUUACUUUUUGUAUGUUUAUUGUCGUGUAUGUUAUAUAAAUAUAAAAUGAGUAUAAUAAAA